AUGCACACAAUCAAAACCAAAUCCUUAACAAAGAGCUCUCCUCUCUCAAUUCUCCAUCUCCUUUUUCCAGUAGCCCAUACCUUCUUCCCCCCUUUGCCCAUAAUCACUCCUCCUCUCCUCUCCUCUCCCCUGCCUCUUUGCUCUUUUGUCACUUUCCCCUUCAAUUUCACUACUCGCUCUCCCUUUAUAUCGCUGCCCUAUCCUAACAUUCAAAGGCAAGGUAGGAAAGAGAUCGAGAAAAUGAAGAUCCGGUGCGAUGUCUGCGACAAGGCCGAAGCCAGCGUCUUCUGCAGCGCCGACGAGGCCGCCCUCUGCUCCACCUGCGACCGCCGCGUCCACCACGCCAACAAGCUCGCCGGCAAGCACCUCCGCUUCUCCCUCCACCACCCCAACUCCUCCAAGGACUCCCCUCUCUGCGACAUCUGCCAGGAGAGGAGGGCGUUUCUGUUCUGCCGGGAAGACAGGGCGAUUUUGUGCCGGGAGUGCGACAUUCCGAUCCACGCCGCCAACGAGCUCACCUGCAAUCACAACCGCUUUCUCUUGACCGGCGUCAAGCUCUCCGCCUUUUCAGCUCAGUACGACCCCACCGCUGGGACCACGGCGGCCAGCUGUAGUGCGAAAAGGGGCCGGUCCCAGCAGAAGCAGCCGCCGCCAGCGCCAGCUGUACCGCGUUACAGUGAUAAUUGUUAUGGCGACAAAUUGGACUGGGAGAGAGGUUCUCCCACUACGUCGUAUAGCACAGUGGAUGAGAGCAGCGGCGCCCGCAUGAUGAGCUGUAGCGGCGACACUGCAACGGCCGGGUCCGCCACCACCACUAGCAGUAGCAUCUCGGAGUACAUGGAAAACCUGCCGGGUUGGCAAGUGGACGACUUUCUCGACGAGGCCGGUUUUCCCGUCUGGACGACGCCGUACAUGUGAACGGAGGAAGUUUGACUUUUUUCUUAUUUACUGCGGAACUAACUGAGCCCUGUUUUGGACGGUGGAGAUUGCUGCUGCUGUUUUGGUCUCUGGUCUUGGAUCUUUUUUUUUUCUUUUACUGCCGCUUGUGGCGUGGGAGUGAAGUAAAGUGACGGUCCUUUUUUCCAAGACCAGAGCCGUGGGAAAGUGAGAUGGCGUAGGGGAAGAAAUGAUCAUUUGGAAGGACGCAAGUCCAUGUCCAUGGGAGAAAUGUGUACAUGUAGCAACUCUUUCUUGAGGUUCUUUUCUUUGUUUUCUCAUGUCCAAGGAUCGAUGUAUUGCUCAUUUUUUUUUUUUUUCCAGUCAAGUCUGUUGUUUGUUGGAUUGGAUUCAGUUUCCAUGGAUGAUUUCACUAUACAAAUGUCUGCAGAUCGAAACGUGUCGGGAAGUUUUCUCCUGUACAAAGUGUUUGUGGGAUCGAAAGUGGCACCUUGCAGUGCAUGUAUAUGCAGAGGUUUUAGGCCCAUCCAACGACAUAAUCAAGGACAUAAGCAAGCAAUAGGGAGACUGGGUACAAUCCGAAAGCCACCAAGGACAUCCAAAGAGGGAACUUGGUGCGGAAGCUAGCGAGGAGACCCAUUGUGAUGCAGACAACGAGGAUUAUCAGCACUUGAGCUGAGAAGUUCCACUCGAGGUCUCGAUAGUAGACAAGACCCAGGAAAACUGACAGUGAUAGAAGGUUGCUCAUUGUCACCGAUCCAUAUAUCUGCAGGCACCAAAAUAACCAAAUAAGCAAGUGUCAUGCUUGUCAUUUCUUAAUUUCCGG